AUGAUGCGGUCUCAGGUUGAUCCUGCAGAAACGGACCAGAACGAGACAUGGAUCCAUCUCCAGUUCACAUGGAGCGGGAAGCCAUUCGAGUUGGACAUUGCAGAGUCCGACAGAGUCUUUGACUUGAAGGCGGCGCUUAUGAGCCUGACGGAUGUGCCACCGGAACGUCAGAAAAUCCUUGGUCUCGUCAAGGGCAAGCUGCCUACUGACGAUGAAAGAAUCGGUGACCUUAAGCUCUUCAGCGGCAAGAAAUUCACACUCGUGGGCACACCUCAAGGACACGAGAUCAAAGAUCCACACGACCUGGAGUUUUUGCCUGACGUGAUAAACGACCUCGACGUGGACUUCAGCGCAAACCCGGCGGCAGCGGCAGCGUACAUAAACGAUCAACGCAAUCGUCGUAAGGUUAAGGAGUACACCGAGAAACUUCAAGUCAACAUCAUCAACCCAUUACGGGAAGGGAAACGACUACUAGUUCUAGAUAUUGAUUACACGAUCUUAGACACCAAGCCCCUCACGUCGGGUGCCUUGCCUCCACAAGAAUGUGCGCGACCAGGUCUUCACGAGUUCCUGGAAGCAGUAUACCCCUAUUAUGACAUCUGCAUAUGGUCGCAGACGAGCUGGAUCUGGCUGGAGACCAAACUCGUUGAGCUAGGGAUUGUCGGCGGCGUCAGGAACUACCGGGUGAUGACAGUCCUAGACAAAACAUCCAUGUUCACGGUGUUCUCCGUGAAGGAUGGAAAGCCGUACAAGCACUCAGUGAAAGCGCUUGAGAUUAUAUGGAAACGUUUCCCUCAAUAUUCGGCAAGAAACACGAUCCAUGUCGACGACCUGGGGAGGAACUUUGCACUCAAUCCGAAGGAAGGCCUGAAAAUAUCGGCAUUCAAGAACGCGCACACUGAACAAGCAAGGGCAGAUAGAGAACUUAGCAAACUUGGGAUUUAUCUAGUUCACAUAGCGACCAGUUGCGAAGACUUCCGCGAAGCAAAUCACGCUCGAUGGAAGGAUGUUGUGAAGGCCUUCCCGCCCCCAUGA